CUUUCUCUGAGUCUUUGAAGCUUCAAGGCUGCAGAAUAAUUUCCUUUGCUCAUUUCGUGCCUGCCCAGCUAUCCAGACAGAGCAGCUACCCUCAGCUCUAGCUGAUACUACAGACACUACAACAGAUCAAGAAGUAUGGCAGUGACAACUCGUUUGACAUGGUUGCAUGAAAACAUCCUGCAAAAUCAUUUUGGAGGAAAGCGGCUUAGCCUUCUCUAUAAGGGUAGUGUCCAUGGAUUCUGUAGUGGAGAUUUGCUUGACAGAUGUUGUAAUCAAGGGCCUACUCUAACAGUGAUUUAUGGUGAACAUCAUAUUAUUGGAGCAUAUGCAGAAGACAGUUACCAGGAAAGAAAGUCUGCCUCCAUCAUCCUUUUUGCACUUCAAGAGACUAAAAUUUCAGAAUGGAAACUAGGACUAUGUACACCAGAAAGACUGUUUUGUUAUGACAAUAUACAAUAUAACUCCACAACUAAUUUCCAGAUAGAGUUAAGAAAUAGAAAAGUGAUUAUGGGCUCAAAGACAACGGAAGAUCUUGGACUUGUUCAAAAUUGUACUAUUUCUAUUCAGGAUUGUGAAGUUUUUCGAUGUGAAGAUUUACUGGAUGAAAGAAAGAUAAAAGGGGCGACUGAGCUCAGGAAGAGCUUAUUGUCUGCCUUGAGAACUUAUGAACCAUAUGGAUCCCUGGUUCCACAAAUACGAAUUCUGCUGCUGGGUCCAGUUGGAGCUGGGAAGUCCAGCUUUUUCAACUCAGUGAGGUCUGUUUUCCAAGGGCAUGUAACACAUCAGGCUUUGGUGGGCACUAAUAGAACUGGGAUAUCUGAGAAGUAUAGGACAUACUCUAUUAGAGACGGGAAAGAUGGCAAAUAUCUGCCAUUUAUUCUGUGUGACUCACUGGGGCUGGGUGAGAAAGAAGGCGGCCUGUGCAGGGAUGACAUAUUGUACAUCUUAAAUGGUAACAUUCGUGAUAGAUACCAGCUUUUGAGACAGCUGUUUCUUCAAGGAGUCCUGGUGUGGGGCAUUAGAAAUGUUCAUAGCUACUUGUUUAAUCCCAUGGAAUCAAUCAAAUUAGGUCAUCGUGACUACAUUGAUUCCCCAUCGCUGAAGGACAGAAUUCAUUGUGUGGCAUUUGUAUUUGAUACCAACUCUGUUGAACACUUCUCCUCUCAAAUGAUAGUAAAGAUCAAAAGACUUCGAAGGGAGUUGAUAAACGCUGGUGUGGUACAUGUGGCCUUGCUCACUCAUGUGGAUAGCAUGGAUCUGAUUACAAAAGGUGACCUUAUAGAAAUAGACAGAUGUGUGCCUCUGAGGUCCAAGCUAGAGGAAUUCCAAAGAAAACUUGGAUUUGCUCUUUCUGACGUCUCGGUGGUUAGCAAUUAUUCCUCUGAGUGGGAGCUGGACCCUGUAAAGGAUGUUCUAAUUCUUUCUGCUCUGAGACGAAUGCUAUGGGCUGCAGAUGACUUCUUAGAGGAUUUGCCUCUUGAGGAAGAGGGAAUCAAAGAAAGGAAACUGUCAAGUGUGCACAAGGAAGAAAAUUGAUAUGUGAAAGGUUCACGCAAAUUUCUUCAUAUCACAGAAGAUUAAAAUUUAGAAAGCAGAAAACAGACCAAAGAGAAGUAACUAAGACCGAAGGGAUGUGUUUUAUUAAUGUCUAGGAUGAAGAAAUGCAUAAAACAUUGUAGUACUUGUGAAUAACUAGAGAUAGCGUGAUUUAAAGUCAUAAUUGUGAAAAAUAAUAAUAAUUUUUCUUGGAUUUAUGUUCUGUAUCUGUGAAAAAAUAAAUUUCUUAUAAAACUUGGGUCUAA